UGCCACAAAUUUCUGUAUGCCUGCAUUCCUUUUCUUUGUUUUUCCCCCUUUUUUUUUUUUCCCAUUGAAGCUCCAGCUCACAUAAUUAGCACCUGAUCCUCAUCCACGUGCAGGUCGGGAUGGUCUCAAAACCAGCUGACCUGCAGCUGAGGUCCAGCAGACCACUCAUUGUCAGUGAACAACAUGAAGCAUCUCCCUCUUUCCAUUCUGGAAUCAUACGUCUCCAAGAAUCCCUGCAGGCUCCAAACAGUCUGAGAUGUCGAGAGUUACCCCAGCAUGGCUACUUCCAGACUUUUCUGCUGCGGUGGAGCUGAAGAAGCUCACGGAUGAGACAGAGCCUUUUCCAGAGAAAAUGCAGGAGACGUUUUGGCCAAGUAAGAAGCCUUAAGCUCUUCAGAGGAAGAUGCUAAGGGAAGUGGUGAAGUGACAGCUCCUGUCUCCUCUCCUUAAUCCUGUGAGCCUUGGGAUUUCAGCACGGGCUGCUGAGAUGGGAGCAUCACCUUGAUUUGGAGCUCCAGUCCAGCUGUGCAAUAAAACAUUUGUGAAUAUCCAGGAACGAGGGUCCUUACAGAUGGCAUUGACAUGUAUCAGGCUCACAUGAAAACCCCCACAUCACCUGCAGGAAGGAGAAAAAGAAGGUCAUUUGAGUUCCAGUCCGAGCGACCAUGAGCGCGCUUGACUUGACUUCCAUCCUGGAUUUCCUGGAGACGGCCAACUUGACGGAGAUCAACUGGACGUGCAACAACGGCGAGUGCAUCACGGUGGAUGCGACAACAUGCCCUGGCACGCUCAACAAGAGCGCCCUGCUCUACACCCUGUCCUUCUUCUACAUCUUCAUCUUCGUCAUAGGCCUGGUGGCCAACUCGGUGGUGGUGUGGGUCAACCUCCAGGCCAAAAUGACCGGCUAUGAAACCCACCUGUACAUCUUCAACCUGGCCAUCGCCGACCUGUGCGUCGUGAUCACCCUGCCUGUGUGGGUCGUCUCGCUCGUCCAGCACAACCAGUGGCACAUGGGGGAAAUCACGUGCAAGAUAACUCACCUGAUAUUUUCCAUCAACUUGUACAGCAGCAUCUUCUUCCUGGCGUGCAUGAGCGUGGACCGCUACCUCUCGGUCGCCUAUUUCACCAACUCCAGCAGCCGCAAGAAGAAGAUCAUCCGCCGCUGCAUCUGCAUCCUGGUGUGGCUCCUGGCCUUCUCCGCGUCCCUCCCAGACACCUAUUACCUCAAGACGGUCUCCUCCAACAACGAGACCUACUGCAGGCCCGUUUACCCCGAAGAGAGCUUCAAGGAGUGGUUGAUUGGCAUGGAGCUCAUCUCCGUGGUGCUGGGCUUCCUCAUCCCCUUUCCCAUCAUCGCCGUGUUUUAUUUCCUCCUGGCCAAGAGCAUCUCCACCUCCAGCGACCAGGAGCGGAAGAGCAACGGGAAGAUCAUCUUCUCCUAUGUCGUGGUGUUCCUGGUGUGCUGGCUGCCCUACCAUGUGGCUGUCCUGCUGGACAUCUUCUACAGCCUUCAUUUCAUCCCCUUCAGCUGCCAGAUGGAGAACUUCCUCUACGCCACCCUCCACAUCACUCAGUGUUUCUCCCUAGUCCACUGCUGCGUCAACCCCAUCCUGUACAGCUUCAUCAACCGCAACUACAGAUACGAGCUCAUGAAAGCCUUUAUUUUCAAGUACUCUGCCAAAACUGGCCUCACUAAACUCAUCGACGCCUCCAGAGUGUCAGAAGCAGAAUACUCAGCUCUGGAGCAAAAUGCCAAAUGACUGCAACCCCAGAAAGAAACUUCCUUGACUGUCUGACCUGAUGUGGUUUUUUUUGUGUGUUACGGUUUGUUGUUUUUUUUUUUUUUGACCCCUUCCUUUCAAUGUGCGUGUUACGAACGCGGCGUGAAUUCCAGCCUACAAAAGAGAGAGGACAAAGUGUAAUUUAAGAGUAGGAUCAGUUGCAAAGUGGAAGUGGUACCAAAAUGAAAACCUUUUCUCCUCCUAGCCCAGUGUGGACUCCUCAACAACGCUAUGCAAAUGGAAAUGACUUCCUAGCAGACAAAGCCAUUGUGUACCAUAGAUAACACGGAUAAGCUUCUCCUUCCAUGUCUUGAUUCCCUCUUGUCUCCUUGUAUAUGUUUAUAUAUAUAGUGUGUUGUAUUUAAAAGCUCGAGACUUUAUUUUCUGCCUCUUGGUGUACCUUAUACAAGUGUAUUUGAAAGUUAAAUAUAUUUUUAUCAUGUA